AUGCGACACUUCGGAAUUGCUGCCAACACUCUUACCAACUACUUCCUACCUCCGAUCAUCCGGUAUCGGCAGCACUGCGAACGAGGAAAGCAUACGACAGCAAAGGCACAGGACCUACCAGAUCCGAUCGGCUUUACAGAUCCAGAUGCCGUCAGCAAGAAGCAAUCCAAAUCGAAAUCAUCAUCGACCGUAGCACAGAAACGCGCGGAUCCAGCAGCACUCAAGAUGGCCAAAGCGUGGGAACUGGCGUACUCACCAGCAAAAGCGUUACCCAUGAACGCCAUCAUGCUGUACAUGUCCGGGUCGGGUGUGCAGAUCUUCAGCAUGAUGGCUGUCGGUAUGCUCAUCACUGGACCACUGAAGGGUAUUUCCACCAUGAACAGCUCCGCUCGAGUUUUCCCCGAUUCACUAGACAGUCAGCGACCAGGCUCGAAAUGGUUAUCUUUUCAUCGACCGACUUCCGUGUGA